UGAGACUUGCAAUUUGAGACGCUUUUCUCUGCCACGUAGCUUCAACUUCCUGAUGUAAAGUCAUACAUUGUGUUGCUCCGAAGUUAACCAAAUGCAUCUUCACCAGAAAUAUUGUAAGAACAUGAGUCGAGAAAUGCCAACAUGGACUGAGCCUUGCUUGAACUGAAAUGUGUUUUUAGUUGAAGGAAUAGCAACUCAAUAUUAUGGGUUGCUCCACCCUGGCCCUCUCCAGUGUGGUGUCCACGCUUGGUGGCCUGGUCUUUGGCUACGAGCUGGGGAUUAUCUCCGGGGCUCUCCUCCAGCUCCAGGCCGAGUUCCGACUCACUUGUGUCCAGCAGGAGGCUGUGGUCAGUGCCCUUCUGAUCGGGGCCUUGCUGGCCUCCCUGGUUGGUGGGUGGCUGAUCGACCGCUACGGCCGGAGGAACUCCAUCCUCCACAGCAACGUCCUCAUCCUGGCCGGGAGUUUGAUUCUGGUCAGCAACUCUUACUUGGCACUGGUGGUGGGCAGAAUCACAGUGGGCUUUGCCAUGUGCAUCUCCUCCAUGUCCUGCUGUAUCUUUGUAUCGGAGAUGGUCACCCCCAAGCACAGAGGUUUUUUGGUGACUCUGUACGAAGUUGGUAUCACUGUGGGCAUCCUGGGAGCUUACGCCAUAAACUAUAUCCUGUCCGAUGCCAGGCAGGGAUGGAAGUAUAUGUUUGGCUUAGCCAUCGUGCCUACUUUGGCUCAGUUUGUCUCCAUUUGGUUUCUCCCGUCCAAUGCCGGAACACCUGCAGCAGUCCAAAGAGGUCUUAUUCACUCCAUUGAGAAUCACAAAGUGGAGAAUUCGGCACAUGUUUCCAACAUACUCGAUAACCCACAGUACAGCUUUCUGCACCUCUUUCAACAGAAGGACAACAUGAGGACCAGGACUACCAUUGCGCUAGGCUUGGUGAUCUUUCAACAGUUCACAGGUCAGCCCAAUGUGCUCUUCUACUCCUCAACCAUCUUUCAAUCAGUGGGCUUCAAGAGCAAUGCCUCGGCAGUGCUGGCGUCCUUGGGCUUGGGGGUAGUCAAGGUGAUCGCCACCUUGGUCUCCAUGGUGUUUGCCGAUAGGGUUGGCAGGAGGCCUCUGCUCAUUGGUGGAUGUAUAGUAAUGUCCGUGUGUUUGAUGACCAUAGGACUUUUGAGCGGGCAUUCAGUGGUCAACACCAACACACCCUGUAAUGCUGGGGAUUAUGUCAAUAACAGCACACCCCUAUCGCAGCUAACGGUGGGAAAUCAAUCAAGCUUUGACAUUUCUGUCAGUCAACACCUUGGACGUCACGAUAGGACUGAAGUAAGGCAUAUCGCUUACGAUGCUGAGAGAUCCUUAGGUACUUUGAUGCCAGUGGCUUCUCCAGCUGUCCACAAUGGAGUGGUGAACUGGAUCAUUUUAUUCUGUAUGAUGGCAGUCGUCAGUGCAUACUCAGUUGGAUUUGGACCAAUGACCUGGCUCAUUUUGAGUGAAAUAUUUCCUGCUGCGGUCAGAGGGAGAGCAUUUGCCUUCACAAACUGCUUCAACUGGGCUGCCAACUUAAUUGUCACAUUCUCCUUCUUGAAUGUCAUCAAUGUGAUUGGUUUGUCUGGGACAUUCCUUUCUUAUGGUCUGAUUGGAGUGGGAGCGGUGGUGUUCUUUUACUUCAUGUUACCAGAGACCAAAGGGAAAUCACUGGAGCAAAUAGACAGGGAGCUCUGUUUGAAAAGGGUACACAACAGUGAAGAAUGCUGGAACAUCCUUAGCAGGAGAAUCACUUCCCCCGGGUAUCAAAGAGUGCACAUUGUUAGCUCAGCAACCCAAUGUUGAUCUGCAAGAAAAAUAACAGCAGUUUUUCAUUUCCAUCAAGAGUCAACCUAUACGGAGGUCAUCAUCUGGCAUCACCAUCAUCAGUUUAGGAGUCUGAGAUCGCUGAUCCACUGAGGGAGUCUUGCUCUAACCAAUGACAAUGUUGUCCUAUCCUUCACUUUGUUCUAUGUAUAACCCAAGUAUGCCUAGCCUACAAUGUUUGUUUGUAAAAUGUUUAACCAUUUAGAGAACCAUAAUGGAAAUAAGUUUUCAAACUUUUGUGUCAUCCUCAAAGAUUUUAAAUGCAUUAUCCACGUGUGGUUGUAUUGUGUUUGAAAUCAAAUAAAUCUAUAACCUCGACUCCA